GCUGUUGUUUUGCAAAAGGGACUGAGCCCCUCAAGAAGGUAAAGAUGCCGUUUUCUUUUUUAAUUCUCCGUAGGAUCGUGGGGAGUAAUAAAUCGCCAGUCCUUAAUAUACACGAAAUCAGUCGUUGGGUGCUUGGGUUGCCCAACAAAAAAUCCAUCACGAAGUUUACCAAUCAACCUCUUUCCCCUUCCCCUGGAUUUCUACUUCUUUCCAGACGGACUAUUUCUCCAAUUAAAUUUUAAACCUUUCCUUGGUUUCAUCGUCUGUCUCAAAUCUCGUUUUCAAUUUAGGACAUUGCAGGAUGGAGUCAUCAAAAGAGACAGGUUUCCAAGCCUCAGAAGGUCCAACCUUUUGCAUCAACAAUUGCGGGUUCUUUGGCAGCGCAGCCACCAUGAACAUGUGCUCCAAGUGUCACAAAGACAUGGUCUUGAAGAAGGAACAGGCUCAGCUUGCUGCUUCGUCCAUUGAGAACUUUGUCAAUGGAAGCACAAGCAAUAGCCCCAAAGAACCUACGGGUGCCGGUGUGAUUGAUGUGAAAUCUGGACCUGUAGAUCUGAAGCUCAUCUCCUCCUCUCAAGCUUCUCCUGCAGAUUCAUCCUCAACGGCUGAUCAGAGCGAAGCCAGGGCGAAGGUGAAAGAAGGGCCAAACAGGUGCAAUACUUGCCGCAAACGUGUGGGUCUGACCGGGUUCACUUGCAAGUGUGGAAACCUCUUCUGCGCCACCCAUCGUUACUCAGACAAACACGAAUGCCAAUAUGACUAUCAGAAUGCUGGCCGGGAUGCCAUUGCCAAGGCAAAUCCGGUUGUCGUUGCGGAAAAGCUCAACAAGAUAUAGGGCAGCCUGUGGACCGACUGUGGGGCCUUACGAUGCUUGGUGCAGUUUGGUAAGUAAGUCCAUUUAUCUGUUUCCCUUUUGGAUGCAAUGAAUGAAUGGUACACAGCCUUGAAAGACUGGGCGUCUUUGCAAGUUUGAAAAUGAACUAUAUAUAUACAUAUCUCUUGUGUGCAUGUUGUCAUUAUUUAUGCUGGCUGCUUUGGUGGACAACCUCUUGAGGUUUGUAACUUGUACUGGAAUAUCUUAUCUUUUACUUCCUGUUCUCUGCUCUUUGCCACAGUUAUGUGUUGCUUGUUCGUUUCUUCUUUUCUUCGGGUUGCUGGUUCGUUAUUAUUGUUCGACAGAGCAAACAAAUGUUGUAUGAACAGAUUAAAGACACUCGCCGAAUGGCAAUAACAAAGGUGCAAUGGCUUG